UCUUGCUUGCAUAGUGCCCAGCGGCUGACUACCUAUAUUGUCCCUUUAUUGUCACUUUUUGCGCACUCGGCAGUCUUUUUCCCGCUUAACAAUAAUAACAUGUAAAACCUCAUGCAGCUAAAGACAUCCCUCUAUCAUGGAUGCUCUAGAUGUUAAUCCACGCAUUCUGAAAGCCCUUGAAAAAUCCAAACUACAAGACUAUGGCAGUAUUUUGAGUUUAUCUGGGCCUGACAUAUCGAGAGCAACUCAACUGACAUCAGGUGAUGUGGGAAUCUUGCAGAACGCUGUGGCUGAUGUAGUUAUGAAGAAACUACCAGUGAUGAAAGCCAUUGAUCUUCUGAAUGGAGAUGUUCCCAGUCUGCCGAAGCAUUCUCGUCUGUCGAUGGGAUGCCAUGUGCUUGAUGCAUUCUUGCAUGGUGGCAUACCAUCUCGGGGUAUCACUGAGAUAGCUGGAGAAAGUGGAAGUGGCAAGACACAGAUCUGUUUGCAGCUUUGCCUGACUGCUCAGCUUCCUAAAACAUUGGGUGGUCUUGAUGGAGGGGCUGUGUAUGUCUGUACAGAGGAUGUGUUUCCAAACAAGAGACUCCAUCAGAUGAUGAAGAUCUUCACAGAAAAGUACAAAAAUCAUCCCGAUGCAAAGGACUUGAAGCCAGGAGACAAGAUCUUUAUCGAGCAUGCUUCGGAAAAGGAUGACCUGACAUGUUGCAUCAACAAGAGGAUACCAAUGCUGCUCACCAGGGGGCUUGUCAAGUUGAUCGUCAUCGACUCGAUGGCCGCUUUAUUCCGCUGUGACUACAGUGUUAGGGAAGCUGUUCACCGGGCGAAGGAUCUUGGAUCGUUCGGUUCCAGGUUGAGGGGAUUCAGUGACCAACAUGGUGUUCCUGUCGUAUGUGUCAAUCAGGUGACAGAUGUAGUUGGCACUGGAGACUCCCGCAACAGAAAAUCCAUGCCAGCUCUCGGUCUAACGUGGUCCAACCAGGUCACUACACGUCUUCUUGUGUCAAGGACUAAUCAAGUCGUGACGUUGUCACAGAGAAAUGAGCUCGGAGAAACGGUUGAGACGUUCGAGUCGACUGUUCGUAUUCUCGAGGUCGGGUUUGCACCACAUUUACCACAGUCUCAGUGUCAGUAUAUUGUUGAUGAGGAGGGAGUUAAAGGACUAAGUUGAUAUUGAGAUAGCGCUUACGUUGAGAGUUAAAGGACUAAGAUGUAAAUGUGAUAGGACUUAUGCAGCAGUCAAUCAGAACCCUGUUUCCCCCUGGUCAGGCAUUCGUCACUCCGAAAGAUUUGGGAGGGUCAGGAUUUGACAUUUCUUCACCCGAGGAUUUCAAGUAAUUCGGCAGAAAUUCACUUCUGCUGUAAGGGCUACAUGGUCAUAAUUCGACCCUUAUUCACCUGCGUGAAAGAGUCUCACCAUGUGUAUAAAAGCUAAUCUAAAAAACGCAAUAAACCUGACACUUCAUGAAAAAAUA